AAUGCCCCAAAUAUAGCCGUUUCAAUUUCAACGGUAUUCAUUUAUAAAUAAAUUGAUGAAAAUCAAUAUUUAUUUUUAUCUGGACUCUUAUGUAAAGUAAAUUCAAAUGGUUAGGGAAGAGCAUCAUAAGAGGACGGUGGUGCAGACGGGCAAUGAUAACAUCCUCGAGUUUCCGUACAUCCGCACAAGGAAUACAUACACAAAAAAAUCGACACAAAUGGCUAGUUCGCCAAACAAUGUUUUCAAAAAAGUUAAACGGCGAAGAAAUAGUGCAACUUCGAGUGACGAAGAAAGAUGGCUAAACGCCAUAGAAACUGGUAAACUGGAAGAUGUUGACGAAGAACUGAAAAAAAUUAAAGAUCCCAAACUGAUGACAGCUCGUCAACGUGCUAUGUAUGAACGAACACAGGAUGCAGAUAUAAGUGGCUUUGUUGAAGAACUAAUUGCCCUCCCAAGUGGUUACAAAGAAAAGGAAAAACCACAAACGGCAGAGGAAAUUCAAAAGGCUGCUCUUAAAUCACAGAAACGUAAACAACAAGCUGACGAACGGCGUGAAAAAGAUAAACAAAAAACCAUGGAGCGGUUGUUGAAAAAACAAGAAAGCAACAAGCAACGCUGUGCGAUUCGCCAUAAACAAUCACGAAAGUUAUUGUAUCCAAAAAUUACAUACAUUAGUGCUAUAAAAGGCAACUACAUUAGAGUCCCACCAGGUCACGAGUUUCCCCUAAAAGCUCAAAUGCCCCGCGCACCACCUUGCCCACAAUUUUGCCAUGUAAAAGGUUGCGGAAAUCGUAAGGCAUAUACGUGUUCGACCACAAAAGUUCCAUUGUGCAGUAUUGCAUGCUAUCGCAAAAAUUUUUCACUACAUUUAAACCAAUAAAAUAAGAUUCGCUUGGACCAAA